AGUGCCGGUCGGACGCAGCCUGUGUGUCUGCUAUCAGUCGCACUGGAAUACUGAAGUCAUGUGCACAAGUGUUUUUAUUCUCACUAUGGCCAUACUUAGUGCGCACAGUGUUACGGUGCGGCGAGUAGCCACCGAAAUUAUAAGUAAAUCCCAAACAGAUCUCACUCAAAUCACGAUACAAUGCAAACCAACAGAUAUAUUGAUCAUAUCCGCGCCUAUAAUCGUCGGUGAAAAGACGCGAUACCUGUUGUACGACCCCAGGGGCGACCACCGCGAGCUGAACAUAUCAGUGCCGCAAUAUCAAAGUGAUAUACACGACUACGACACAUUAUCAGUCAAUUUCAUAGACGGAAAGACUGUUAUUGCGCCAGUGGAUAAAAUAAAGAUAUUCAACGUGAAUUAUGCAAUGUUUUUAAAAGACAAAGAAAAAGACGAGUUUGGGGAUACAGUGAAGAAGAUGCAGACGAAUGAUUUCUUACUGGGCCCCCUGGAUGAGGAUGACUACGGGAACUGGGUGCUCAGCGCCUUCUACAAGGACGAAGCCGGCGACUGGGCGGAGAUAAGUCAAGUUAUAUCACUUAUUAUCUUUGAGGUAGUCCCGGCGUUGCCUCGACAGCCGGUACUCCACGUAGGAGACUCGUUCGAACUACGCCUCGCGUACUCUAUAAAGAACCUUGAAUCUUGCCAACUCAUCGUCCCGAAGACUUCCUUCGACAGAUUUUACGACAGAAGCAAAUUGAAACUACAAACCUGCGGAUACGUUAUCAAAAACGUUACAUUAGCCGACGAGGGCAUUUGGAAAAUAAUUGCUAUUGGCAGAAUCAUGUACGAAGCGUACAUAAAAGUUACUGUUCUCGAACAUGUUGCAACGACUCAAAAAUUAAUCAAUGACUCCAUCAGUAGAACAACGGAACGUUGGACUUCUGUUCUUUGAUCUGUGAUGUUGUCGUCAGCAGGAGCGGAUCCAGCAUUUAUUAGGGGUCACCAGGUCGCAGCCAACCUACCUCCUUACAGAAUAUUAGAUAAAAUUGCAGUGGCCAUUGGGGUGUCAUGACCUGCAUGACCUGACAUGACGUCGUCGAUUACAAUGACACGCAAGUUUAUUAAAUUAGGGUCUUCAGUUUUAGGAUCGGCUUUAGUCGCUUGAGGGCCGUGUUGCUCUAUGGCUUUACACUUUAGGCAUCAUAUUAUCUAGCCUAUUCGAUCCCACUGCUGGGCAAAGGCCUCCCCUUGAUUUUUCCACUCCUCUCGACUUUGCGCGAUCUCCGGUUUUUAAUCAUCUUCGACUGGCUUUGAUUUUAUUAUUCGUCUUUAAAUCAAAGCCAUUUGUGAGCUUAUUGCCAUUACAUUACAUUAGGGCACAAAACCACUAUAGUUUCUCAAUAAUUAUACUAAGUUAGGAAGCGCAGCAUAAGAUAUAGGUAACACAACACGUCCAUAAUCCCUAUAGGGGUAGAUACAACUACAAGCCACCAGUAGCACUUCAACUAGCGGUCUUAAAGUUCUAAGACGAAUAUGAUAAGAAUGAGGAGGGAAUGCCUUGGUCGAUUUACGAAGAUUGAUAAAUGAACGUAUUAAGUGAGAAUAACGUAAACUCAUCAAUUUGAAUCAGUAAUGUUGUGGCGCGCCAAAGCAGAUCAGUAGCAGAGCAGCGGGCGGACAGUUGCAGGCUACGUUGCAGGGUCCGCGUUACAAACGCUUUCUGUUGUAAUAUUUAAUUCAAACGUGUCAAUUAGACCAAUUAAAACACAUGCCUAAUUA